UCCAGGCGAGGCGUGAGACAGGGAUGCUGGAUAUUGUUGCAUGGACCUCGAAGAUUUGCUAGUUUAUUUGGAAACCAAUUUGACCUGACAAGCGUUUAUUGUCCGAAGUUUUGUGUUUUAUUAUGGACAUUGCGAUAGAAGCGAGUGAUGAUGUCAAUAGACGAUGAACUAUUGGACAGAAUGAGUCAAUCCAGUAUAGUAAACAUCAAAAUUGACUUUUCGGUUUCUAUUCAUAUAUAUAGGCUAUUUUAUGUGGUAUAUUAUCGCUUUCUUGUAAAUAGCACUAAUGGUGAACUUCACACUACGCUUUCUUACGGAUGUUUUCCAAGUUUCGGACAUUUCGCGCCAAAGCUAUUUGCAAUAAUCUCACAAAAAAUAUAGUGGUUUGACAAAUUUUAACGAGUCGAUACAACUGCAAGAAUGGACGCCGGGAGCGAGGUGUCAACUUUGGUUUCUCCUGGUACCGAUGGAAAUGCGCCAAAACAUCUGUGGAGGCAACAGAGCCCGGUUCCUCUUCAGAUCCAGAACUCUUUCGGCCCGCGCAAGAACUACCGGGUGAGACAGAGAGGCUUUUCCGACACGGAGAAGUACCUGAAUCCCAGGACCAUGGACCGGAGCUAUGCCGUGGACACCGGAAAGCGUCCCGGUUUGAAGAAGUCCAGAAUGUCAUGGCCAUCAUCCUUUCAAGGACUUAAACGCUUUGAUGUGGACAAUGGUACCUCAUCAGGACGUAGUCCGCUGGAUCCCAUGGCCAGCCCGGGGUCAGGUCUCAUCCUCCAAGCCAACUUUGUACACAGCCAGAGGAGAGAGUCCUUCCUGUACCGCUCAGACAGCGACUAUGACCUCUCACCAAAGUCUAUGUCCAGAAACUCCUCCAUCGCCAGUGACAUACACGGUGAUGACAUGAUUGUUACCCCUUUUGCACAGGUUCUGGCAAGUUUAAGGACUGUCCGGAAUAAUUUUGCUGCUUUAACAAAUGUACAACAGGAAAGGGCGAAUAACAAAUCCCCCAUUGGCACCCCAGCCCUAUCUGACUUCUUGCCUCCUUCUCUUCCUCCAGAGGAGGCCUACCAGAAGCUGGCCACAGACACCCUGGAGGAGCUGGACUGGUGCCUCGACCAGCUUGAGACCCUCCAAACCAGGCAUUCAGUCGGCGAGAUGGCUUCCAACAAGUUCAAGAGGAUGCUGAAUAGAGAAUUGACUCACCUCUCAGAGAUGAGCCGAUCUGGUAACCAGGUGUCUGAGUUCAUCUCCAGUACAUUCUUAGACAAGCAACACGAGGUGGAAAUGCCAUCACCCCAGUCCCAGAAAGACAAGGAGAAGAAGAAAAGGCCGAUGUCCCAGAUUAGUGGUGUAAAAAAGUUAACGCACAGUUCCAGCCUUACCAACUCUAGCAUCCCUCGGUUUGGAGUCAAAACUGAAACAGAAGAUGAGCUGGCCAAGGAGCUUGAAGAUGUAAAUAAAUGGGGUCUUAAUGUCUUCAAAGUGUCAGAAUUUUCUGGGAACAGACCUUUAACGGUUAUGAUGCACACAAUAUUCCAGGAGAGGGACUUGUUAAAGACGUUUAAAAUUCCCCUGGACACGUUUAUCACCUAUCUGAUGACUUUAGAGGACCAUUACCAUGCUGACGUUGCCUAUCACAACAACAUCCACGCUGCUGAUGUCACACAGUCCACUCACGUCCUGUUAUCAACCCCUGCCCUUGAGGCUGUGUUUACAGACCUUGAAAUUCUCGCUGCCAUAUUCGCCAGUGCGAUACAUGAUGUUGACCAUCCUGGCGUCUCCAACCAGUUUCUCAUCAACACUAACUCUGAGCUGGCCCUCAUGUACAAUGAUUCGUCUGUGUUGGAGAAUCAUCAUCUGGCUGUAGGUUUUAAACUGCUGCAGGAAGAGAACUGUGACAUCUUCCAGAACCUGACCAAGAAACAGAGACAGUCACUCCGCAAGAUGGUCAUUGACAUUGUUCUGGCCACAGACAUGUCUAAGCACAUGAAUUUGUUGGCUGAUCUGAAAACCAUGGUGGAGACCAAAAAGGUGACCAGUUCUGGGGUAUUGCUGCUGGAUAACUACUCUGACAGGAUACAGGUCUUGCAGAACAUGGUGCACUGUGCAGACCUCAGUAACCCCACCAAGCCGCUGCAGCUGUACAGGCAGUGGACGGACCGCAUCAUGGAGGAGUUCUUCAGUCAGGGGGACAGAGAGCGGGAGCGCGGCAUGGAGAUCAGCCCCAUGUGUGACAAGCACAACGCUUCAGUCGAGAAGUCCCAGGUGGGCUUCAUCGAUUACAUUGUGCAUCCACUGUGGGAGACGUGGGCAGACUUGGUGCACCCAGACGCCCAGGACAUCUUGGACACGCUGGAGGACAACAGGGAGUGGUACCAGAGCACCAUCCCCCAGAGCCCCUCUCCAGCGCUGGACACCAACAGCGAGGGCCGACGCACCGCCGGCCAGGAGAAGUUCCAGUUUGAACUGACUCUAGAGGAGGACGGAGAAUCUGACACGGAGAAGGACAGCAGCAGCCCUCCUGAUGAAGAGGACGAGGAAGAGGAGGAAAACAGCUGCAGUGACUCUAAAACCCUUUGCACACAGGACUCCGAAUGUACAGAGAUCCCCCUGGACGAGCAGGUGGGGGACGCGCAGGAGGACGAGGACGAGGAGGACGAGCAGGAGGAGGAAAGGGAACUGUCAGAAACCUGUGUUUUAGAGGAGGAAGAGGAGGAGGAGGAGGAGGAGGAAGAUGACACUGCCAACACAUAACACAGUAUGACACGGCACCUGAACUUUUUUAUAUUAGAGAUGAGAAACACUUAUUUAUGGUUAAGAUAUUAGUUUUUUUCAUUGUCUAUUUUGCAUACGUUGUUCAGAAGUGCUUUUUAAAUGUCCGCCUUUAACCUGUUUUUUAUUUUUCAUUCCUUAUUUUAUUUUAUUUUUUAACCGUUUUUACGCUCAGGAAUGUCUUUUCCACUCCCACCUGUCAUUCAUACAGACAAACCGAACAAAAGAAAGGUUAAAAAGCUCGACUUGUAUUCCUGAUUGUGAGGUACUUUUUUAUUUUUUUUUUUGACUGAAACAGUAUUUCAGAAACAUUUACCUUCGAAAGCAGCUGUUUUUCACCAACGAGACACUAUUUUUUUUCCUGUUUAUCUGAAGGAAAGUGGCAAUUCGAAGCAUUUUAGCAGACAAACACUUUAGAAGUGAAUCCUUCAUGCUUUGACCUUCGCGUCUUCCUGAUGCCUCGAAUGUGUUAUUAAUCUGGAUUUAGCCGUCUGUUGUGUUUGUGGAUCGGUCGCUAUUUGAAGUGAAUGAACAUGGUACCAAAGUGAAAAGAACUCGUGAGACACCAUUUUCACACUGAAAAUACUCACUUUCAUUUAAAUUACCAUAUUUGGGGUAAAUAGGUAAAUAAAUAUCUUAUACCCCCAAGAACAAGAAUGCUGUUAUAAAUCUAUUAUAAGAUAAUAGCUUGAAUAAGCAUUAAAUGUUUUUGUCCCCUAUCAUUGUCGUCUAUCUUGCUAGCAGUGGAGUAAAAUAAAUCCUGGUUAUCACUUUAUAAAUAACCAUAUGAAUUAUUAUUAGAAUUAAAUAAUAACAAUAUUAUUAUUAUUCAUUAUUAUUAUUAUGGCCCUGUUCAUUUGUUUCUCAGAAAUGUCUGCCAGCUGUUUGGUGCCAUACGUCCUUGACCAGUUAGACAGAAAACAGCUGUCAUGAAUGAUCAAGCUCAGUUUAGUGGUUUCUGUUGUCACGUGAUCAUGUGACAAUCAGCUUCAGUGCAAAGCCUCAUUGUAAGUGUGAAUCUAGUUUUGUUUUUGUCUUUUUCUAAUUAGUAUUUAUUUUGGUUAUUUUCGACAUUGCCAAACAGUACCAGUCACAAUGAAUUAAACUGCUGCUUUACUCACUCUGUCAAGUGUCCUACUGUACAAACAUCCUCUUCGUUUGGUUACGUUCAUGCUAGCAUUAUUUAUUAAUGCUCUUUGAUGUGCUUGUAGCAUAUUAAAGCGUUUUUUAAUUGAACUGUAGCAUCGGCAGUAUGAGUCAGUUCUCCUAAUAUAUUAUUUGAAUUAUACAUGUGCAGUAAAUAUACCUAAUCAAAUGUACAAAACUCUGUAUAAUAUCGAAGCCUUUUGAAAUGACCCCAUUCUUGUUGCUUUCUUUACUUUAUUUAAAACUCAUUCCGUUGCCAAGUUUGCUUUUUUAUUAAUAGUUCAUAUUUUUGUAAUUGUCUCCAUUCUCUACAUUGUCUUUCAUUUCUCUCUGUUUACAAACAUGUAUUUAUUGUGCUGUACAGUACAUAUUGUUGCUCUUAUCAUGUGGUUGUAAAUGAUUAUAUCAUCCCUUUUGGUGAUGGUGUUGUAUUAUGGAACUCUUACUGAGAGAAUGUUCGUUAUUAUUAGUAUGUAAUGAUCCCAUUGAUAUGUGUCUCUAGAGAGAUUGCGUAGAGAAAGGGAAAGCCAAAUUAUAGUCAUUACUGUGGUUAUUUUUCAUUCUUUCUUUCUUUUUAAAAGAAAGUGGUUCCGUGGCCUGAGGGUUGUGCCUUACAGAUAGCUCUUUAGAUUUUAUCCUCUUGCUGCACUAAAGAAACUACUGGCUGGAAAUUGUUUUGUCGUUUUCCUCCUGUUUAAAUGGCAUAAAUGCUCCCAGCAUAAAACAAACAAAAAACAGACAAAAGUUGUCAGACCUCAUCGGACAGGGUAAAAGCAGGCCAGUGACGUGUGUUUGGGUUUGCGACCAGCUGUAAGAACCUCCAUCCUGUUUCUGUCCAUGCUGUGUACGUCUGACUGAGACAUUCGAAGACUUUUGCGUUUCAUGCAAUACGAGAGAAAACAUCUUUCUGUUUGGGGAAUAACAGGGCAUUUUGAUUUCCAGAUCCUUCACAAAAAGCCCAAGAACUCAAUUUGGGACUCAUUUUGACACAUAUACUGUAGAUUCUUAUUGACCCUAAAUGGAUGAAAUCAGUGCGUCCUUCUCGUCUCUUUUUAAAUCAUGAGAAAAACACACAAACAGAAUUUGACAAAUGAUAUUUAGGGAUAACAAUUUUUUUGUUAUGUGACUUGAAUGACAAAACUUGUCUGGAGGUUUCACAAGACCGUGUAGUUGUUUAUUGAACUCCUUGUUUAUUGCAGUCUAUUGGAUAGCACUGUAGAACUAAAAAUUUACAUACGAAAACUGGUAAAAUCCAAUAAAAAUGUUCUUUUUUUUUUUCUUUUUUUUUUUUAUAUGCACCAUAAUAAAAGCAUGUGUUGACUCUA